GUGUUUAUUAGAGAGGAGGGGGUUUGGCGGGUACUAAAAAUAGAAAGUUUCACACGAUUCGGGUGGUCUCUGCUUGCCGCUGAAACCUCCAUAAAGAUUUAUUAAGAAACUGGAUUAAGUAUUAAGGCCUGAGACCGUCUGCGAGCUCAGCUGGUAAAUCCUUGGAGCAGUGGCUGCUCAGGGCAUGUUUCCAGGCUUUUUCAAUGCCAGAAGAACAAAGUCAAACUAUAAUGGCGGUUGACGAACUUCAGGCCAUAAUACAAAGAUGCCAAGUUCUGGAAGAAGCUGAUUUCAAAGGAGAAGAUUUUAAUCUGUUUCAGGUAGCAGGUCAGAAAUGUUUAGAAGAUGGGUAUGCAUCUCAGUUAUUAGAAGUAAUUCAAAAUGAGAAAAAUAAGGUUAUCAUCAAGAAUAUGGGUUGGAAUCUCAUCUCUCCUCUUGUUAGAUGUAUUUUCAUGUACAAACAGGAAGAUGAUAAGCGAGAACACUGCCUGAAGAUACUAGAUCAGUUGGCACAGCUAUGCAAUCCAAAGGAACUUUUUUUGGGUUUACUUGAGCAGAUUGAGCAGACUUCUGGGGAGCAAGUAUGCCAAACUGUCAUGUUAUUGCUUCAACCUUUGCAGACAGUGCUUUUGAAACUUCAGAACAAGAAGGCCUACUCAGUGGGUUUAUCUUUGGCCAUGAUUAUGAAUCAGCUUACUCCCUUACCUGUACCUUAUACGAAACAACAAAUACAAGAAGAUAAACUUGGUCUCUGUCAAUGUUGUAAUGCAGUGGUGGACUUUGCUAAACCUUUUGUGAGUGAAGUUGUUAAAAACAUGGAAAAGUCAUCAGAAUACAAUGACAUGGAGCUGAAAGAAGAAUUAUUAAAAUUCUGUAUGAAAAGCCUGAAAUACCCAUUAUUGACAGCUCAGCUUGAGCAACUUGAAGGCAUUGAAGAACAUCCCUUUCGCCGUUUUGCAACUGAAAUUAUAGACAUUUUGUGGAAUAUAAGAGAAUUGAUACCAUUAGUGUUUUUACAUCGUAAAGGCAAAAGUCCGCACUGGGAGAAUCAGGAGUUUGCGGACAUAGAGCAAAAGAAUUCUGCGGAGUCUUUGGCAUGUCUGUCAUAUCUGAUGUUUGUUCAGCGUUUUGGUAUUGAUUGCUUUCCAAUGGUAUUUAGUCCAUCAUACCUUCUCCAAUGUAAUAUGACACAUAUUGAAGUGCUACUGAUAAGAACAGAAGAAUCUAUGUUAUCUAAAGGACUUGAUCUGUUUGAGAGCUGUUUAUUGAGAAUGGAAAACAAUAGCCUUCUCCAUCAAUAUUUAGAAUUCAAAGGUUUUAUUAAUGUACCUCAGGUUUUGGUGAAAGUUAUGACCCUUUGUCCCAUAGAGCAUCUGAGAAAGAAGAGUUUAAAUAUUUUGCAGUUGUUCAUAGACAAGUUUGAUGCAGAGGGAAAAUACACGUUAUUCAGGUGUUUACUGAAGACAAGCAACCAUGCUGGUGUGGAAGGAUACGUUAUUAAAAAUAUAAAAGAUCAGAUUCACUUGUCGUUAAUGAAGGCAUGUGACAACACUUGGUUUACAGGACAGCACCUGAUCUCCCUUCUGGAUUUAGUGCUUUUGCUUCCAGAAGGUGCUGAGACAGAUCUUCUGCAAAACUCAGAUAGGAUUAUGGCAUCACUAAAUCUACUGAGAUACUUAAUCAUUAAGGACUGUGAAAGUGAUAAUCAAACCGGUGUGUGGACCAUACUUCCCAAGAUUGAGCAAAAUUUUUUAAAACCACUGCAUGUAGGACUCAAUAUGUCAAAAGCACACUAUGAAGCAGAAAUAAAGAAUAAGAAAGAAAACAGAAGAGAGGCACACAGUUCUAACACAGUUUGCUCUCUAACUGUUAGUGGGGAAAAGAUGCCUGCAAUGACUACUGAAAUGCAGCUUCAGGUUUUACACUCAGCGCUCUUCACAUUUGAUUUAAUAGAAAGUGUUCUAUCUCGAGUAGAGGAACUCAUUGAAGUGAAAAUAAAAGGUGGAAUGGAUGAAAAUAGUUAGGUCAGCUGAAGUAUUUGAAUUAAUACACUUCUUGUAAGACCAUUUUGACUAUGAGAGUCUAGUUGAAAAGGAGGCUACGAGCCUUUAAAGAAGAGCGAUUUAGAGUGGCCUCUAGAAUUGCAAAUGUUACUCUUCAUGUCUUGUUGCUCUUCUUUUUUUAUUUUCUUUUGCUAUUGUUAUGUGCGAUUCACAGAGAUGGCCUAUUUGCUAAAGUACUCCUCUCCAGAAUUUGAUGCUUUUUCUUAAGUUUAGAAAUUAAAACCAAGGGUAAGGUUUUUCUUUUUUCUGUAGCAAGGAGGUAGGGUUCCGCAUUUAUUUUUCUGUUCAUCUUCAAAAUUUGUUAGAUAAUAGUUGCUGAUGGGUGUUGUGAAUUACAAGGAUUUUUAUAAAGUGACUGGAGAACCAUUAAUUAAAAAGAACCAUUUAAGCACAAGGUAUUUUUUAUUAGGACUUUUUAAUGUUGACAAACAAGAUUCUAUAUUAACAGACAGGACUGUAAGCUAUAGAUAGCAAAUAGUAGAAACGCUAUAGCAAAUGAAACCAGGUUUAAAGAAAAACACAUCAACUUGGAGCCAAAUAAGAUGUUAAUAAACCAGCAGAUAACACUUAUGUUUAAAAAACACACUGUAAGAUUUCAUACCUACACCUGUUUAUGCAUGGGAAACCUGUAUUUUGGCAUUAUUUUGAUCAUCCUUAUCUUUAAUGAUAAAGUUUUUCUUAAGAUAUUUUAAAUAGUUUGGGAAAUUAUUAUAAACAGAUGAGCUUUUAAGUUCAGAAUCAAGUUAAGACAAGGAUGGCUUUUGGUUUUUUCUUAGAAUGCACAUUUGGCAUAAUGUAUGCUAUUUUUCACUGUAUAGUUAUUUAAUACAAAUUUUCAUUCCAAAUGCAUAAGUUGUAUAUACAGUCUUUUGAAAUGUAAUUAUAUUUUUAAAAACGUGCUGUACUUUAUUUAAAAUGUAGCCAUUCUAUUUAUGAAUAAAAACCCAAAUACUAAAUUAAUUGCAAUGCAACUGGUA